CAGGCGCCUUUACGAGGCUAGGUCAGCCGAGCUGUCGCGAUAACCGGUUGGUCGUUUGUUUCACUACCGUGAAUUUUCUCCUUUUGGUUUGUCCCCCUACUUAGUGCCGGGAUUUGAGGUAGAUUUUAAAAAUAUGAUGCAGGCCAGUCUUUGGAACUUGGUGACCACCUCAAUCAGGCCAAUAUGUAUAAAACGUAUCUUACCAGGCAUGACUGCCACUCAACAACGUAGAUACGCUAGUACAGUGGACGCAGACAUAGUAGUGAUCGGGGCAGGUCCCGGCGGAUAUGUAGCAGCAAUUAAAGCUGCCCAAUUGGGCAUGAAGACCAUGUGUGUAGAAAAAGGCCCAACUCUGGGAGGGACGUGUCUUAAUGUUGGAUGCAUUCCAUCAAAGUCACUUUUAAACAAUUCACAUUACUAUCAUAUAGCACACAGUGGGGAAUUAGCAAAUCGUGGAGUCAUCGUAUCAAAUGUUAAAUUGGACCUCAACAAAGUCAUGGAACAGAAGACAAAUGUAGUUAAAGCCUUGACUGGCGGUAUAGCGGGUUUGUUUAAAAAGAACAAGGUCGAAUGGGUCAAGGGUCAUGGAAAAAUCACUGGCAAGAAUCAAGUUACUGCCUUAAAACCUGACGGAUCAGUAGAAUCGAUUAUCAAUACUAAGAACAUCGUGAUAGCGACUGGUAGCGAAGUUACGCCUUUUCCCAGCAUCGAAAUCGAUGAGAAAAAGAUCGUGUCCUCGACUGGUGCACUGUCGCUCAGUGAAGUUCCUAAAAGGCUUAUCGUUAUUGGAGCUGGAGUCAUUGGAUUGGAAUUGGGUUCAGUUUGGCAAAGAUUAGGUUCCGAUGUGAUAGCUGUUGAAUUUAUGCCAACUAUCGGCGGUAUGGGUAUUGACGGAGAAGUCAGUAAAACCAUGCAGAAAAUCCUCACGAGACAGGGUCUAAAGUUUAAACUGGGAACAAAAGUCACGGCUGCUAACAAGCGUGGCAAUGAGAUUGUGGUUUCCGUCGAGGAUGCGAAGGACUCUAGUAAAAAAGAGGACUUGGCAUGCGAUGUGUUGCUUGUGUGCGUUGGUAGGAGGCCAUACACGCAGAAUUUGGGUUUGGAGGAUAUGGGCAUUGAGAGAGAUGAGAAAGGAAGAAUACCAGUAAACAAUCGAUUCCAAACGGUGGUGCCUAGUAUUUAUGCCAUUGGUGAUUGCAUCCACGGACCAAUGUUGGCUCAUAAGGCCGAGGACGAAGGCAUAAUCACGGUGGAGGGUAUUGCCGGAGGUGCGGUUCACAUUGACUACAACUGUGUGCCGAGCGUGAUAUACACGCAUCCGGAAGUUGGUUGGGUUGGCAAGACGGAAGAAGAUCUGAAAAAAGAGGGUAUCGACUUCAAAAUCGGCAAGUUUCCAUUCAUAGCGAAUUCCCGAGCGAAGACGAAUCUCGACACAGAUGGUUUCGCGAAAGUACUCGCCGAUCGUAAUACAGAUAAAAUCCUGGGCGUACAUAUAAUCGGACCGUGCGCGGGCGAGCUCAUCAACGAAGCUGUUCUCGCAAUGGAAUAUGGCGCCAGUGCGGAAGACGUUGCCCGCGUAUGUCACGCACAUCCGACGUGCGCUGAAGCACUCAGGGAAGCUCAUCUGGCAGCCUACUUCGGCAAAGCUAUCAACUUCUAAAUUUCUAUAGAGAAUAAGCAAAUUACAUAUAUUAGUUCAUAUCUUGAUUGUGCGUUUAGCACUAAACAUACCUGUCUUCUUCCAAAUUUACUGAGAUAGUAUAUUGUGCGGACAGACAUGUUUUUCAUGCUAAAUGCGCGUGAUUACGCGGCUCUUUUGACUUCACAUCGUAGCCUGAAUCUAGUCUACGUAUCAACGUCGUUCUACGUCGCGUGAAUCGUAGCACGUCGCAUAAAGAAAUAUGAUUGUAAAUAAAAAGCCAUCACGCGGAGGUGAUUUUAUCUCUGUCUAAUUAGUGUAUUUAUUACAAAUAAACGAAAAUGCAGCAU